AAUGGGCUAAAAAGUGUAAAAUAGCUUAAAUAAACAAGUAGACAUAUGUGUGAAAGCAGAAGAGCUGUUAAAAUGUAGUAUUUUCAGAAAUUAUCCGCGUCGAAACUUACCGGAAGAGGUAAAGUAAGCUGUAAUCGGCGCUAGUAGUUAGCUCAGUUGCACAAAAAGACGCUGCAGCGUGCAGCGACCCGAAACUGAUGACAAGAAAGUGUUAACGAGCAGUUUGUAAUGAUCAGAAAGGGUUUCUUCCAGUUUGUGCCAAAGCUACCGUGCUGUUUAAUUCCAGCUUCAGCAUUGUGUCCGUGCACCAUAUCUGAUUAGGGAACACAUCUGGAUUUCUCCACACUCCUCCUCUCUUUACCGUGAAAUGACCUGAUCCGAGUUGACCGGUUCCCCUGUCUAAUAACAAUGGCAACAAUAGCCUGGUACCAAGAAAAGAUCGGGGCAUAUGAUCAACAAAUCUGGGAGAAAUCUCUUGAGAAAGCCGAUCUAAAUGGUUUGGACAGCAAACCAAGGAAGACUGGGCACAUCAAGCCAGACCUCAUUGAUGUUGAUUUAGUAAGAGGAUCUACAUUUAGCAAAGCCAAACCAGAGAGUCCAUGGACAGCGCUGACUCGAAAGGGUCUGGUCAGAGUGCUGCUGUUCCCGUUCUUCUUCCAGUGGUGGAUCCAGGUGACCUCCAUGUCCAUCUCCUCAUGUAUCCUCAUGCUCUACAUUAUGCAAGUGGCAGCGGUGCUGCUGUACUUCGAGGUCCCUAGGGCGACUGCCAGCGAGGUGUUUGGACCCAUGUGUCUGAUGCUGCUGCUGGGUACCGUGCACUGCCAGAUUGUGUCGACUGAGUCCAGCCGGUGGCCCUCAGGCAGUCCAGCUGCCAGCAAUACCACCAGCCCCACGCGCAGAAGGAGGCCAAGAAAGAACAGAGGGUUGAAGAAAUCUGAAGAAAAGAACAACAGUGGGGAGGCGGAGCUGCUGGGCUGCUGGCAGUUUGAAGAAAACCAGCAUUUAUACAGGAAAGAGGAGAGAAUGAACAAAGGAGGGUCAGGAUUUAGGGAUUCUGAUGAGCUCUCCAGUGAGGAAGAGGAAGGAAUACAACCGCUGGAAGUAACACAAAUACCAUUUCACAGUGAAAGAAACACCACUACAGCUCCUGCAUCACUACCGUCUAUUCGGAAAAGAAACCAAAAGUCUGACCCCGUAAUUACACCGAGGCCUCAGGACGGGAGUGAAGCCUUUAUCAAGGUGAAGCCCCGUGAGGUGGAGCGUCUCAGGCCGAGCGUGGGCUCUCGUCCUGCCUCUGACACCGAUGACACAAUGUGGGAGGAGCUUCUCCAAGGCCCUCCCUCCACAGGGAGCAGUGACAGUGACGAUAGUGGGAGGUGCAACGCCAGCAUGAGCCUCCCACAAAACGACACUCUGACCAGCGAUGACGAGGAUGAAAGCCUACAACAAGCAAUCACUGGAAACCAGCUGUCUUGGCUGCAGGCGUGUCACCCAUCCAAGGAUCGUGUCAGUGCCAUCAUUUGGGAGCAGGGCGAGUGUAAGAAAGCAGAAAUGUCAGUACUGGAGAUCAGUGGGAUCAUCCUCACACGGGUGAAGUUAGUAGAGCAGGGAAUGGGCUAUCUCGUUCUUGGCGGGCUCAUCACUGUCACUCUGGCACUGCUGCCCUUUGCCUUCCGCUUGGCUCAGCGUCUGGACAUGCCGGGCCUCAGCUCCCUGCCUCUGUCAGAGCUGAUAGAAAUAGCAGUGGGGCCGUUAAAUACACAAGCUCAUGCCUUUUUCUUCAUCACGACAGUGCAAAGAAUCUGCCUCACGGGGCUGUUCUUCUUCAUGAUGUGCGUGGCUGAGAGAACAUACAAACAGAGACUUUUAUUUGCCAAGUUCUUUAGCCACCUAACUUCAGCUCGCAAAGCCAAGAAAUCUGAGAUUCCCCAUUUCAGGCUGAAGAAAGUUCAGAAUAUAAAGAUGUGGUUGUCGCUUCGAUCUUUUCUCCGGAGACGAGGACCGCAGCGCUCCGUUGACGUCAUUGUCUCCACUAUUUUUCUUUUAGCACUUUCCAUUUCAUUCAUCAUUUGUGCUCAGCUUCUGCAAAGCCACAAGACAUUCCUAGAGUCUCUAAUGAACUGGGAGCUCAUGGUGUGGUGCGCCUCUCUCGUCCUCUUUCUGUUAAGGCUCGCCACGCUGGGUUCAGAGACCAACUCCAAGUAUAGUAACUCUUCUGUGCUGCUCACUGAGCAGAUCAAUUUGUAUCUCAGGAUGGAGAAAAAGCCCAAUAAGAAAGAAGAACUCAGUAUUGUGAAUAAUGUUUUGAAGCUAGCUACAAAACUAAUGAAGGAGCUCGAUACUCCUUUCAGACUGCUGGGUCUCACAGUGAACCCUCUGAUCUAUAACAUCACCAAAGUUGUCAUUCUCUCUGCUGUGUCUGCCGUAGUCAGUGACCUGCUUGGCUUCAACAUCAGACUGUGGAAAAUCAAGCCUUAAAGGUGAAAACUACAAACCACUAACAGUCAGACACUGGAGACUGCAGACAUCUUCUCAUCGCCGAAAAGUGUGCAAAGCUACUGACACUAAACUCUGUUAUCGGUGCCUUCCAACUGAGCUUCAUCAGUCCUUCACAAGCCUGAGAUGCUCUGAAAGUCUCUCACACGCCACAGCGCUGGCUGCUCAGCUGACCUGGCAUCACAUUUUCCAUCAGCGUUGCCACAAACUCAGUGCCUCACCUCUGACUUCUGAAUGUUCUCUAAAUGGUUAAAAAUAGCAGCAAGCUGAGGUCUGAGCUCUUUCCAGGCUCCUGUGACAGAUUUACAC